AUGCUGACUGACUGUGGGACAGAAGCAAGACAGCCUAGAGUCACUGACAUUGCAGUGCAGUGUGGCACUUCAUCCAUUGCUCUGGCGAUUGAAAUCUGUCCCGUCAUGUACACUGGCUACAAUGAGACUCUACUGAUCCUGAACAACAUGUUAGACCCAUUCUGUAGAGCAACCCUUGAUGAUUCCGUGACCCCACCUGUUGCUCGCUUUAACUUCCCUCUGAAUAUGACCCAUGCCUGUGGAAGCGUAUUCAGGACCACCAGUGCUGCUGGGACCGGUAUAUUCUCUGACUUCUCCAACAUCCAGACGGUCAGCAUCAGCGGUGUUGUUCGGUCGCUCGAUCUUACAGCGGGCAUGGUCACUUACAACGCUGAACUGAAGUACUACUACUCCUGCGCCUAUCCCUUAGAAUAUCUGAUCAACAACACCCAGAUCGAUGUGUCGGCUUCCGCCAUUGCAAUCAAGGACAACAAUGGGAGUUUCAUCAGCACCUUGAGUAUGAAGUUGUUCAGUGACGUCAACUACACACAACCAUUGGUCAUUCCACAGCUUGGGGUUGAACUGAGGACCAAUGUGUAUGUCGAGGUUAAAGCCACCAACUUGACAGGGCAGUAUAAUGUCCUGCUUGACCGGUGCUAUGCCUCCAUCUCCCGAGUGCCUUCUAACUCCAGUUUCUUUAACCUGUUUGUCCCCUGUUCAAAGGAUAAGUUCACCACCAUGAUCGAGAACGGAGACAGCCAGAGCUCCCGCUUCUACUUCCCGGCCUUCCGCUUCAUCGAGCAGCAGAACCAAACAGUGUCCACCUACUAUCUCCACUGCAUCAUUCGGCUGUGUGAAAUAAGCACUUGCAGCACCUUCAAGAUAUGCAACAAAAGAAGGAAGAGGAACACCCUGGACACAUCUGCAAAAGGCAUAACCCAGACGUACACCAUCUCUUCUUCAGAGAUCAUCACCAAAGCCAACAGCAACGAGUCCAAAGAGAAGCCUCUUGUUGCCGGCCAAGAAACUAACUCUGCUGUCGGGCUUGGUGUGGCUGUUGGCGUCCUUGCCUUUGUUUGCCUUAUUGCCAUUUGUGUCGCAGCUGUGUUUCGCAAAAAGCUCAGGAACUAA